AUGCAAGGAACAUUUCAUUUGUCUUUAACCACAUCGAAAACUAUCUGUUUAUAUCUAUCUAUCUAUCUAUCUAUCUAUCUAUCUAUCUAUCUAUCUAUCUAUCUAUCUAUCUCAAUCUGUUCAUAUCUAUCUAUCUAUCUAUCUAUCUAUCUAUCUAUCUAUCUCAAUCUUUUCAUAUCUAUCUCGCCUGUUUAUUAUCUCAGUCUUCUGUUCAUAUCUAUCGAUCUAUUUCAGUUUGUUCAUUAUCUAUCUAUCUAUCUAUCUAUCUAUCUAUCUAUAUCUAUCUAUCUAUCUAUGUUUUUAAUCUCCCCCUCUCUCCCUUCGCGUCUGUUCAUAUCUAUCUAUCUAUCUAUCUAUCUAUCUAUCUAUCUAUCUAUCUAUCUAUCUAUCUGUUUUAAAUACCUCUUUCUAUUUCUCUCUUUCCGUGUGUUAAUCUCUCUCUCUCUCUCUAUCUAUCUCUUCGCGUCUGUUCAUCUAUCUAUCUAUCUAUCUAUCUAUCUAUCUAUCUAUCUAUCUAUCUAUCUAUCUAUCUAUCUAUGUUUUAAUUACCUCUUUCUAUUUCUCUCUUUUCGUCUGUUAAUCCCCCUCUCUCUCUUCGCGUCUAUUCAUAUCUAUCUAUCUAUCUAUCUAUCUAUCUAUCUAUCUAUCUAUCUAUCUGUCCUUUGUUUCUCUUUUUCCUCUUUUAAUAACUGUAUUCUUUGUAGUAUUGUGUUUACAUUCCUUUUAUUAUCUUUCCAUUUCGUUUCUGUUCCCGCCCUCCCCCCAUCAAUACACUUCCCGCCACCAACCGAGCAAUCUUCCUGUUUAUUCGGUUAUUUUCUUCGCUUCUUCUCUGUCGGUCUAAUUAUAUCCUUCGCAUCUAUCUAUCUAUCUAUCUAUCUAUCUAUCUAUCUAUCUAUCUAUCUAUCUAUCUAUCUAUCCAAUAUCUCUUUGUUUGUUUGUUUCUAUCUAUCUAUCUAUCUAUCUAUCUAUCUAUCUAUCUAUCUAUCUUUCUUUCUAUCUAUCUCUUUGUUUCUAUCUAUCUAUCUAUCUGCGUUUCUAUCUAUCUAUCUAUAUAUCUAUCUAUCUAUCUAUCUAUCCAAUAUCUCUUUGUUUGUUUGUUUCUAUCUAUCUAUCUAUCUAUCUAUCUAUCUAUCUAUCUAUCUAUCUAUCUCUUUGUUUCUAUCUAUCUAUCUCCUUGCGUUUCUAUCUAUCUAUCUAUCUAUCUAUCUAUCUAUCUAUCUAUCUAUCUAUCUAUCUAUCUAUCUAUCUCUUUCCUUGUUUUUUAUCUAUCUAUCUAUCUAUCUAUCUAUCUAUCUAUCUAUCUAUCUAUCUAUCUCUUUGCUUGUUUCUAUCUAUCUAUCUAUCUAUCUAUCUAUCUAUCUAUCUAUCUAUCUAUCUAUCUAUCUAUUUCUUUGUGUUUCUAUCUAUCUAUCUAUCUAUCUAUCUAUCUAUCUAUCUAUCUAUCUAUCUGCCGCGUCUUCAUCUGGCUUAAUUUCUUUGUUUUUUAACAUUUACUUUCUUUUUCUUUCUUUCUUUUCUUUCUUUUUUCUUUCUUUCUUUCUUUUCUUUUUUUCUUUCUUUCUUUUUCUUUCUUUCUUUCUUUCUUUGCUUUUCAUCUGCUUUCUUUCUAUCAUCCUUUCUUUGCUUCAGAAUUUCUUAAUUUUUAAAAUUUACUUUCUUUUUCUUUCUUUCUUUUCUUUCUUUUUUCUUUCUUUCUUUUCUUUCUUUCUUUUCUUUCUUUUCUUUCUUUCUUUCUUUCUUUCUUUGCUUUUUUUCUAUCAUCCUUUCUUUCUUCAGAAUUUCUUUUUUUUUAAAAUUUCUUUCUUUUCUUUCUUUCUUUUCUUUCUUUUUUUUCUUUCUUUCUUUUUUUCUUUCUUUUUCUUUCUUUCUCUUUCUUUCAUCCUUUCUUUGCUUCAAAUUUCUUUGUUUUUAAAAUUUCUUUCUUUUUUUUUCUUUUUCCUUUCUUUUUUUCUUUCUUUCUUUCUUUCUUUGCUUUUCAUCUGCUUCCUUUUUUUCUUUCUUUCUUUUUCUUUAAUUUCUUUGUUUUUUAAAAUUUACUCUUUUUUUUCUUUUUUUUUUCUUUCUUUUUCUUUCUUUUUUCUUUCUUUCUUUUCUUUCUUUCUUUUUUUUCUUUCUUUUUUCAUUUCUUUCUUUCUAUCAUCCUUUCUUUGCUUUAAAUUUCUUUUUUUUCUUUCUUUUUUCUUUCUUUUUUUUCUUUCUUCUUUCUUUCUUUCUUUCUUUUCUUUUCUUUCUUUUCUUUCUUUCUUUUUCUUUCUUUUCUUUCUUUUUGCUUUUCAUCUGCUUUUCUUUUUCCUUUUUUCUUUCUUUCUUUUUUUUCGUUUUUUUUUUUUUCUUUUUUCUUUCUUUCUUUUUUUUUUCUUUUCUUUCUUUUCUUUUCUUUCUUUCUUUUCUUUCUUUGCUUUUCAUCUGCUUUCUUUCUAUCAUCCUUUCUUUGCUUUCAAAUUUCUUUGUUUUUUUUUUCUUUUUCUUUCUUUCUUUUUUUCUUUCUUUCUUUUUC